ACUGUUGGUUUUGUUCUCGCGGGGUUUUUAACUCAUAAACAUGCAUGAUGAUGUCCAAUUUGUUGAUGUUUGAUUGUGAUGGUUUUUGUUCCGUUCUUUUUCUUUUUGUCGAAACAAGUGAUGUAUAAUCUACUCUCGUGUAGCCUACCGCCCUGUGUGUGUGUCACCGUGCGGGCAAGGGAAGAAUAGGUUGUGACGGAAAAGGAAAGCAGUACACAAGGCGGUUGCGAAUGCGAAUGCGAAUGACUCCGUUAUUUCCAGUAAUAGAUCGCAAUAUUGUGAAACAGACAGCACACACCUAAAUGUUUUCCAUCUAUUGUUUUCAAUGAUAUCGUUACGCAAUUUCCGAGUGGGUCGAUGGAAUGGAAUGGCGGUGUGUACCGUUACUGCAGUGAAGGCGGGGCUGCUGCUUUUUAUGUUGAGACGGCCAGUAACAAAUUACAACAAUGUUGUGGAGGGCCAGUCAGACUCUGACGAUGAGGACAAGCUACACAUAGUGGAGGAGGAGCCUGAUGGUGACAGCACGGUGCCAGACGACGCCUCAGUAGUAUUAACCCAGAACGGUACAGAGACGCACCGAGACACCUGGGAUGGAGUGAAGGAGGACUGUGGCUCUGAAGAGGAGGAUGAGGAGGAAGGGGAAGAGGGGGAGGAGGAGGAGGAGGAGGAGGGGGGCAAAGAUGCCCUGGUAGAGGAGAUGCUACAGCAGGGGGAUACAGCGGUCAUCUACCCCGAAGCUCCAGAGGACGAGCAGAAGAGCAUGGCUGAGAGAAGGGUCCCAGACGAGAAUGGCACGCCAGACGCUCUUUCCCAGCUCCUGACCUGCCCGUACUGCUCGCGGGGCUACAAGCGCUGCACCGCCCUGAAGGAGCACAUCAAGCUGCGCCACGAGAAGAGCGAGGACAACUUCAGCUGCUCCCAGUGCAGCUACACCUUUGCCUACCGCACACAGCUGGACCGUCAUAUGACCCAACACAAGACUCAACACAAGGAACCUGUACAGCGCCACAUGCCCCAAACCACGACAACAACAGGGGGGAAUAGGAAGUUCAUGUGUACAGAGUGUUCCAAGGCUUUUAAAUACAAGCACCACCUGAAGGAGCACCUACGUAUUCACAGCGGAGAGAAGCCAUACGAGUGCCUCAAUUGUAAGAAGAGGUUUUCCCACUCGGGGUCCUACAGCUCCCACAUCAGCAGUAAGAAGUGUGUUGGCAUGGUGCCUGUCAACGGUACCCCCCGACCAGUCAUGAAGGCCUCCCAGACCCCCAGCACCCAGAACCAGCUUUCCGGCACUGCCCCCGUAGCCCCUACCCGACUGCUCCUCCGGGGGGAGAAGACAGAUGGCAAGCCCCUUCAGGAGCAGCUCCCCGUCAACCAGAUCAAAUCAGAGCCGGUGGAAUAUGAGUACAAGCCGGUAGCGGUGGGGCCCAACGGGGCAGCAGGGACUAACGGGACGGUGUUUACCGGUGGCAUGGCCGUAUCCCAGGGCACGGCGCUGCCACAGGGCAUGGUCCAAGCGGUGGUACUGCCCACCGUUGGUUUGAUGUCUCCUAUCAGUAUUAAUCUCAGCGACCUGCAGAACGUACUCAAGGUGGCCAUGGAUGGGAACGUGUUUCGCCAGGUGCUGGGGACGGCCAACGGGCUGGUGACGUCCAAGCAGGGGGUGGUGGGGCAGGCUGGGCAGCAGGUCAUCUCAGCCAUCAGCCUCCCUGGCUUCGUGGACCAAGACGGAACCACCAAGAUCAUUAUUAACUACACCCUGGAGCCCAGCUUGGCCCAACAGCCCAGCGCGCCUCAGCUCCUCAAGAAGGAACCUCCCCCUGCCCCCACCACCACAAACACACAGCCAGCCUCCAAAGUAACAGAGAAACUCACCCAGGCCCUCAGCAUCAUCAAGACCGAGCAGCCCGACUCUGAGUCUGAGAAGGAGAUGGAGAAAGACGAGGCUCGGGCCGAGGCAGAGCAGAGUAAGGAGGGUGAAACACCAAAGGCCCAGACAGGCAAGACAACAUGUCUGCUGUGUGAUGACUGUCCUGGUGGUUUGGAUGCUUUGCACAUGCUCCAGCACUGUAAACCUACCAAUGGGGAGGGGGGCGACGGCAGCCCCCUAGACCCCUCUAUCGCCGCCCUGCUGGCAGAAGCAGGGAUAACACCAGGCCAGCCCCCUCUGAAGAACCUGCUCUCCCUCCUCAAGGCCUACUUUGCCUUAAACGCAGAGCCCACCGAGGAAGAGCUGGCCAAGAUCUCCGACAACGUCAGCUUGCCCGUGGACAUAGUCAAGAAAUGGUUUGAGAAGAUGCAGUCCGGUCAGACUACUGCCGAGCCCCCUGGUUCCUCUUCCCCUCUACCUUCAACAGGUCCUAGCACAGAGACCCAGGCGGCCCAAGAGAAGAACGGCGACCAGACAGAGGAGCAACUCGCCUCGGCCCAAACCCAGGAGACAUCGUCUUCCCAACCUCCCAACAGUUCCCCUGCCUCGACCUCCGCCUCCCCCUUGGUCUCAGCCUCGGCUCCCUCACCACUAAACCUCUCCUCCAGCGGCCAGGUCAUCGUGAAAACGGAGGAGGACUCGGAGGGCGAGUCUCAAGAUCUUCCCCUGGACCUGUCCCUGCCCAGGCAGCCCCAAUCAGAGCCCCAGGUCCCCCAUGUCCCCCAGGAGCAACCCCUCAACCUCACCUGUUUGAAGAAGGAAACGCCCCAGCUCCAGGCCCAGAUCCAGGCCCAGCUCCAGGCGCAGCUCCAACCCCAGCUCCAGGCCCAGCUCCAGGCCCAGCUCCCAGGGUUCCAAACCCAGCUCCAGGCUCAGGGAACCACCAACACCAUCUACGUCACUUCCCCAUCGCAGAUGGCCACCUCCAGCCCGGUUAAUAUCAUGACCACCCAGCUAGUAGCCAUCACCAACCAGGGCAGCGGCGUGCCCUGUCUCAGGGCCAUCUCCACUGGCACCACCAAACGGACUAUUCUCAUCCCCCAGCUGACCUACACAUACACCACUAAAGCAUGCAGCAACGCCACUGGGGCCGACGGGGCCCAGAAGACCGUCAUACUCAACGGCUGCCAGGAGGAGAAGGCUGACACCAGUUCGGAGAGCGUGUCGGCGGUCGAGGAGCAGAACGACUCGGACUCAGCCCCUCAGCAGAAGAAGAUGCGUCGGCUGGAGAGCGGCAUGUACGCCUGUGACCUGUGUGACAAGAUCUUCCAGAAGAGCAGCUCCCUGCUCAGGCAUAAAUACGAACACACAGGAAAACGUCCACACGAGUGUGGCAUCUGCAACAAAGCCUUCAAACACAAGCACCACUUGAUAGAGCACACGCGUCUGCACUCCGGAGAGAAGCCCUACCGGUGUGACAAGUGUGGCAAGUGUUUCUCCCACUCGGGCUCCUACUCCCAGCACAUGAACCACCGAUACUCAUACUGCAAGAAGGAGCCCCAAGGAGAUCAUCAGAUGGGGCGUCGGCUCAGGAUGACCCCCGAAACGAGCCCCCGAGCAGAGGAGCAGCAGUCAGACAGCCGGCCCACCUCCCCUCCCUCCCAACUGGACUCAGACGAGAGGGAGAGUGAGGAGGAGCUGGAGGAAGAGGAAGGAGAGGAGGAAGGCAUGGAAGCCAUGAGCAUGGACGACAUACGGGUGGUGCAGGUGGGCGAGGACGGCGAAGACGGUGAGAUCUACGAGGUGGAGGAGUUUGGAGAGGAGAGGCAAGAGGAGGAGGAAGAAGGGAGCAGAGAGGAGGAGGCACAGCAGGAAGAGGAGGAGGGACAGCAGGAAAAGGAGGAGGAAGGGAGGAGAGAGGAAGAGAAGUCUGUACAGCAGGAGCAGGUGUGUGAGGAAGAGGAGGAAGGGAGAAGAGGGGAGGAGGAGGAAGAAGGGAGGAGAGAGGAGUCUGUACAGCAGGAGCAGGUGUGUGAGGAAGAGGAGGAAGGGAGAAGAGAGGAGGAGGAGGAAGAAGGGAGGAGAGAGGAGGAGGCACACCAGGCGGAGGAGGAAUGGAGGAGAGAGGAAGAGAGCAGAGAGGAGUCUGUACAGCAGGAGAAGGAUGUGUAUGAGGAAGAGGAGGAGGAGGAGAUGGAGGUACAGGUGAUGGGAGAUGGGGAGGGGGAGGAAGGCGUGGCAGAGACGGAAACUGUGGUAACAGAGAAAGCUAAGGAAACAGAGGACAAAGAACCGCAUGUGGACAAGGAGAACAUUACAGAUACAUUAGAAAAUGGACAGAAAGAAACAGAGGAAAACAAGAUGAACAGUGAAUGAAAAAUACAUUUUGUGGUGAAAAUGUCAAAUAGCAGGACAGGAAAAUAUUGUCUUGUUGUCGAAGGAAGAAACAAAAGAAACAUGGCUGCCAUGUUGAUGCUGUGUUGUCGGUCCACUACUGUGUUCAAACCCAGGUGUGCCUGAACUAGACAAAAAAAUAAGUGACUUUUAUUUGUGGGGGGAAAAAUCAGUGUUACUUAGACCUUGUUUAUAGAAGUAUUAUACAUUUUAAAAGAAGGAAGAAAAAAAACACCCAUGGACAUUUGUUACUGAGAGUGAGACAUCCGAUCCUAGGUCAUUUCUGUUUGUCAGUGUUAUUACUAAUUUUGCAGCUCAUGUUUUAACCUUUUAACCUGUACAGUUGAAGACACAUUUCUAUACCUUUUUAUUGCCAAAUGACGGUGUUUGCUAAAAUCAGUAUUUUAUUGAGUUCUAAAAAAACAAAACAUCUGCACUACAGUAUUCCUGGUUAACCUAUGGAUAAAACAUGCCUCAUGAUGUGUUGUUCGCCCUUUAGUAUGAUUAUGUACACACUAGCUAUAGAUCUUCUUUAUGUUAGCUAACCUUAGCAUAGCAUUUUGUUUUAAGUUGGAUUGUCAGCCUUAAGAAGUAAAGAGGAUUCUGGGGUUUGGGUGGGAGGGGGGUUAGCCUGAGUGCCAGUCUUGUUUGUUCUAUCAUGUUAACUCCUUGUCACUCAUUGGCUUGCCAUGUUUGGCUUGUCAAGGACAGCAAUGGAAUUGGCGAGAGCACAAACAGAUCUGGGACCAGGCUAGGGGAGGGGUGAGAGGGUGGGGAUGAUGAUGUGGCAUCUGGCGCCAUAACCAAACUGUCCUAUCAGGGAAGGUGUCACAACUUCAAAUCCAGCAUUCUUACCAUGCUCCUCCUUUGGUCGCGUCCCAAUACCCUCUCCUUCCUGAAGUGUGCACUUGUUUACUACUCCCCUCAAAUUGAAAAGCAUUGGAUUGGUGUCGGCAUGGGCUAAACUGGAAGAAGUUUCCAUCAUAUUUUGUAUACCAGUCAUUUCCUUUCAAAUCCAUGAAGGGAAGAGAACAAGUGCACACGUUUGGAGAAAGGUUUGAUUAUUGGGACAUACCCCUUGUUUUAGGUUUGGUUAGUUGUUAAUCAAUGAUCAUCAGUGUUAUAGGGUAAUAUGAAGCAGGGGGGGGGGGCAGUUCUGCAUUGUACCCCCCCCCCCCCCCCCCCCCCCCCC